AUGUCGGACCAAAACACCACACAAAAUACCACACUCCAGAACAUCGGAUCUGUUGGCGACGCUGCAUACCAGACCUUUGUUGAGUUCCCUUACAGAGCACUCACCACCCCGCGCCUAGCAGAACUGCCUGCAAAGGACGAGAGGGAUAUGCGAAAUUCUGUCGACAAGGCAGAGCGCCAUGUGCAAGACAAGCAGUUCACAAGCCCAAUCAGCGAUGAAUUGCUCAAGCUGCUCACCUCUCCGGAGAGUGUCUCAACUUUGCUGGCACAGGAUCCUUCCUUGACCCCAGGCGAGGGCGUGGAAGAAACUCUACGGCCACCAUCCGAGAGGGAGGUAUUCCUUGCCACAAACUUCUGGCAGAACAGUGACGCCUCCAGAUUUAUAACGGAUGCAAUAAAGGAACUCUCCCGUCGUGCCGGCGAGAGGGGUACCAAGAUUGUUAUGAAGUUAAUCUACGACAGAGGAAGCCCAAAGCAGCUGGUCGAGCCACACUACGUUGUCCCAGUGAAGGAAUACACCGGGCCAAAGGUGGGCAUUCCGGCGCCGGAAGAAAUCCCGAACAUCGACCUGCAGGUUAUGAACUACCAUCAUCCUCUUCUGGGGACUUUCCAUGCCAAGUACAUGGUCGUCGACAGGAAGAUGGCAGUCAUCCAAAGCAACAACAUCCAGAGCAACGACAACUUGGAGAUGAUGAUCCAUCUCGAGGGCCCGAUUGUGGAUUCGAUGUACGACAUGGCGCUGCUGUCUUGGCACAAACGCCUUGAGCCUCCACUGCCGAGCUACAAUUCCCCGGCAGCGCAGGGCGGUAUAUCGUCCUUUACCGAAUCGCAUACCGGGGUCUUUGGGGCGAAUGGAUCGAUUCGUGGGCAUCAUGCCGUGGUUGAUCCCGGGAAGAUGCAGCCACGGGAUGCAUAUGCCUACGAUCGGACUGUGCCACAGCCAGGCGUGGUAGACGGGCAGAAGACCGCGGCCGAUAGCAGCGACCCAAACCGUGCAGACGUUGCAACUGGUCCGAGUACAACUUCUAGCGUCAUUCCAGAGACUCAAGGUAUAUCGAUACCAGAGAGUCAAUCAAAUGGUGAUGGAAAAGUUCUGGGCCAGAGUAAUCACAAUGGGACGGAUCCAAAAACAGCGGCCUUGCUCAAAGACGGCCAACAAGCAAAUCAUCGAGUACCAGUGCCGCCUACCACUGCUGAAAACCUACCGGAAUCCACGACUGACAACUCACACUGGGACCUGGACAUUGCCGGUGAGGUCCUGCGAGUCCAAGCAGCAGUAUCAGCCAAGGACGGUGAAACGACAAUGCAAGCAGUGAACCGCCACCUCAACAACACAAUCAACGUCGGCUUCCCACCCGACGCCCCAGAAUGCGCCCCCGAGGACGAGAUGACACCGUACGUCCCGCAUCCCUCCCACGAGCCCUUCCCCAUGGCGAUGGUCAACCGCGCGCCCUACGGCCCGCCCAACCACAAGUCCGUCGUGAUGCCGCAGAACGCAGCCUGGAUGUCGGCGCUACGAAACGCAAAGAAGAACGUCCUCAUCCAGUCGCCGACGCUCAAUGCCGCGCCACUCGUGCCCGCCAUCGCCGAGGCGUGCGAGCGAGGGGUCGACGUGUACUGCUACAUCUGCCUCGGGUACAACGACGCUGGCGAGCUGCUGCCCAUGCAGGGCGGGCACAACGACAUGGUCGCGCACCAGCUGUACACGUCCUUAUCGCCGGCGGGCAAGCAGCGGCUGCACUACUUCUGGUACGUGGCCAAGGACCAGACCCGCCCCAUCGUGCAGGAGCGCAAGAAGCGCAGCUGCCACAUCAAGCUGAUGAUCGCGGACGAGCACAUCGGUAUAAUGGGGAACGGCAACCAGGACACGCAAAGCUGGUUCCACAGCCAGGAGAUUAAUGUGAUGCUCGACAGCAAGGCGGUGUGCCGCGCGUGGAUCGAUGGGCUGCGCAGGAACCAGAACACGCACCUUUAUGGUGCGCUCGACAAGGAGGCUGGUAUCUGGACCGAUGCGGAGGGAAAGCAGGCCGAGGGGGCUAUCGGUGUCGACCCGGGGAGGUUUGCAUGGGCGAGGGGGGUGGUGGGGGCUGUGAAGCGGCUUCAGGGCACGGGUGGGUUUUAG